AUGCCACCUCCGAUAGCCAAAGUUCGCACUUUCCGAAUUUGGCAAAUAACUAUCUGCAACUCGUUGGUGCUGGACCACUGUGAAGAAGCUGGUCGCUGGCACAUACGCUUCCGAGAACUGGCCUCCGAUGUUCUAGGAUCAGAAUGGAUGUUUUAUUUUGUGAUAUCUAUUCAAACAGCCAUUAACACUGGGGUUGGAAUAGGAGCAAUUUUGCUUGCAGGGGAAUGCCUCCAGAUCAUGUAUUCGAACCUUUCCCCCAAGGGAUCGUUGAAACUGUAUGGGUUCAUAGCAAUAGUAACAGGGGUGAUGAUAGUUCUCUCUCAGAUGCCAUCAUUCCAUUCCCUCAGACACCUCAAUUUUGCUUCUCUCGUUCUCAGCUUGGGCUACACAUCCCUUGUGGUUGGUGCUUGUAUCCAUGCGGGUCUGUCUAAAAAUGCCCUCGCAGAGACUAUUCUUUGGAAACUAAUAGUCAUCACGGAUGCUUAA